AUGUUGCUUGUGGAUUCUUGGUACGACAAUUUUAGGGGCGUCAUACUUUUGGUUCGUGUAUUCGAUGGCCAGGUUAAAGCUGGCGACAACCUCAUCUCCUUUGCCACCGGGCAAAAGUACACUGUUGGCGAAGUCGGUAUUCAGUAUCCAAACGCCGUCCCGCAAAGUGUUCUCCGCGCCGGCCAAGUUGGCUACAUACACUUCAACCCAGGUAUGAAGCGUAUCCAGGACGCCAAGUUGGGUGAUACUUUCACCACAACCGGGUCAGAGGCUGUUGUCGAGCCAUACCCUGGCUUUGAAGAGCCGAAACCAAUGGUCUUCGUGGCUGCGUUUCCCACUGACCAGAGCGACUAUACUCGUCUCGCUGACAGCAUCAGUCAGUUAGUGCUCAAUGACAGGAGUGUAACAUUGCAGAAAGACUAUUCUGAGGCUCUUGGCGCGGGCUGGCGCUUGGGGUUCCUUGGUAGCUUGCAUUGCUCUGUCUUCCAGGAUCGUUUGAAGCAGGAGCAUGGCGCUAGCAUCAUCAUUACAGACCCGACUGUACCAACCAAAGUCGGGUGGGCCGACGGGUCUGAGACGAUAUAUCAGAAUCCGGCUGAGUUCCCCAGUCAAGACGAGCACCGAAUGCGCGGCGCAACAGCAUACGAACCGUUUGUGACUGCCACGAUUACUCUUCCCGAGGAGUACCUCGGUCGUGUCAUAGAAUUGUGUGAAAGUCAGCGUGGCGAGCAAAAAAGCCUUGAGUUUUUUCACACAACGCAGGUUAUCCUCAAGUAUGACAUCCCUGCAGCCCAGCUUGUCGACGACUUGUUUGGCAAGCUUAAGGGCGUCACGAAAGGCUAUGCGAGCUUGGACUAUGAAGAGGCUGGAUGGAGGGCGAGUCAGCUCACCAAAUUGCAGCUUCUGGUCAACAAACAGCCCGUGGAUGCUAUCUGCCGGGUGAUUCAUACCUCUCAGGCUGAGCGUCUUGGUCGGCAGUGGGUCACCAAGUUCAAAGAACACGUCGACCGCCAAAUGUUUGAGGUCGUCAUUCAAGCUGUUGCCGGUAGGCGGAUUGUCGCUCGCGAGACCAUCAAGCCAUUCCGGAAGGACGUGCUUGCGAAACUACACGCCAGCGAUAUCACUCGUCGGAAGAAACUGUUAGAGAAGCAGAAGGCGGGACGCAAGCGCCUUCGCGCAGUUGGCAAUGUCAUCAUUGACCAGUCUGCUUUCCAGAGUUUUCUUGCCAGAUGA